CUAUCAGGGGCUUUGUAUCGCCCUUUCUCUAGGGUGGGGGGAGCUCAGGGUUGGCCUGCAGGAAAGAGGGGCCGGGCCGUAACAGGGUUUGGGACCUGGACUCCUCUCGGCUGCUGGAGCAUCCUUCUGAGAUUUGGGCUAAGUUGCCUUUUCCUCUCAAGUUCCCUGCUCCCCAAUAGAGGCUGGGAAAAUAGGUUUAAAUACUAGCACCCCAGCAGGGUGGCGGCUGGAAAUUCAGGCAGGAUUUGUCUCCCGCUCCAUCCCAAAAUGAAAAGCACCCGCAGCUGUUCCUCUUGCCAGUCCAUCAAUGCUGAUGGCAUAGACCUGAGUCUGACGGGCCUGCCACUGCAAGUUUUGCAGCGGCCAAGCAGCGCCUCUCCAGCUAAGCACAUGGCUCGUUCCGUCUCCGUCAUCACUGAGAGCAAGCCCAAAAGGAACGCUCUGGAAGAUGCAGGACUUGGCUGUUCCAGGGCCAUUAACAAUCUCCGGAGAUCCAGCAGUACCACCCAGGUCAACCAGCAGGUGAAUGGUGCUUUCAGUGCUGAGCAGCCUGGAGACUUCUUGACCUUCUUUGACAGCAGCUCUGGGGGAAGAAAAAAGCUGGCAAGUCUGAGCAAAACCUCCCCAGAUAAGAAAACCACAUGGAAUAUCCUGGACGAUCAGCCCAGAGCCUUCCCAGUCCCAUCCGGCACCCGCAGCACCAGCACGCGAGAGUCCCCAGCCGGCAUGAGGAAGAAAGAAACCACUGUGCUGCUGGCAGCCAACUUCACUGCCAAUAACCGGAGUCACAAAGGGGCCAUGGGCAACUGUGUGACCACCAUGGUGCAUAACAACUACUCCACCGCAGACAAGGCCUCCACGCCAAAAAGCUCCAACCAGGCAGCAUCCUCCCUCAACAACAUGAUCAAAGCGACCUUGAACGAGGACAGUGAGAGCAGCAGCUUCAAGAAGUCUCAGAAGAACUUUUCCAGCAACAACACAGUGCCCUGCAACAACAGCAGCAGCAGCCUGCUCAAGAGGACGGAGGUGACGGAGGAGGAGGCGGAGAGGUUCAUUCAUCAGCGCUGGUACCGACGCCAUUCGCAGAGGCACAAGAUGGGUGCAGCUGCUCUCGAGAGCUUGUUGGCUUCCAAGAGAGAGGGAAGGCAGCAGCAGCGGAUGGAGGAGGGGAACGUCCUGGACUUGCAGCGGAAGAAGGAUGAGGAGAGGCAGAGGAUCCGGGAGGAGAAGGCCCAGCUUGCCCGGCGAGCGGCUGUCCAGGAGCUUCAACAGAAACGAGCCCAGAAGGCCUCUGAGGCGAAGCGCCUCGCGGAGGAGGGGCUGAUGCUGCCCAAGGAGAGCAGGCGGGUGGGCAGGAAAAAGCCCACGAAGCCGGUCUCUGGGAAGAACGUCAGCCCGGCUCAGAGCAUCGUCAAAGCCAAUAAUGCAGAUGCAGAUCUCCGAGCGGCGGCUACUGAGCCAGAGCCAAGCUUCCACCCAGGGCCUGGUUCGGGCACCGGACGGGAUAAUGUGGCAGAGGACAAGCCUCAGGAUGUGAACUCCAGAGAGCUGGCGAGCGAGGAGCUGCAGACGGCGGUCACUUCAAGCAGCAGAGCCCACUCCAAGGUCACCCUCAACGAACUCCUGGACACGCUCAAAUUGCUGGAGGAGGAGCCGGAGCUGCUGCCCCAACCUAAGCUCUACAAGAAAGACAAAUAUGCCUGGAUAGAUGGGGAGGCCGACUCGAAUUCCCUGACUGCCGAUAACCUGGAGAAGUUUGGAAAGCUGAACCACUGCCCCGGCGUCCCUGGGGACGGGGCUCUGCUCUCCGAAGCCAAGCUCCAGACCAUCAUCACCUUCCUGGAUGAGAUGGAGAAGUCGGAGCAGGAGCGGCCCAGGUCUGCCGCCUCUGCUGCUCAGCCGGAGAAUCCUCUGUUGUCUGAAGAGGAGGUGGCCGCCCACCUGGAGCAAGCUUCAGCUGUAGCCACAGAAGUCACCAGCUCCAUCAUGAGGCUGAAGCUGGAGGUGGAGGAGAAGAAGCGAGCCAUCACCAUGCUGCAGACUGCACUGGCACAGCAGCGGGAACUGACCGUGCGGCACGUCAAAGAGACCGAGAAGGAGCUUAGCCACCAGCUCCAGCUGCAGAGAGAGCAGUACGAGGCUGCUAUCCAGAGACACCUGGCCUUCAUCGACCAGCUGAUUGACGAUAAGAAGGUUCUGAGUGAGAAGUGCGAGGCCGUGGUGGCAGAGCUGAAGCAGGUGGACCAGAAGUACACCAAGAAGAUGGCCCAGCUGCAGGAGCAGCAUGAGCUGGAGAUCAAGAAACUCAAGGAGCUGAUGAGUGCGACGGAGAAGAUCCGCCGGGAGAAAUGGAUCGACGAGAAAACCAAGAAGAUCAAAGAAAUCACCGUGAAAGGCCUGGAGCCAGAGAUCCAGAAGCUCAUCGCCAAACACAAGCAGGAGAUCAAGAAGCUGAAGACGCUGCACGAGGCGGAGCUGCUGCAGUCGGACGAACGGGCCGCCCAGCGCUACCUCCGCCAGACGGAGGAGCUGAGGGCGCUCCUGGAGCGGGAGCAGGAGGAGCAGAGCCAGCGGGAGAGGGAGCUAGCCAGGCAGCGGCAGAGAGCGGAGCUGGAGGAGCUGAGGCGGCAGCUGGAGGAGAACAGCGCCGUGGGCGCCAAGGCCCUGAAGGAGGAGUACGAAAAAGCGAAAGAGGAGCAGGAGAGGCGGCACCAGGCAGAGGUGAAGGUGCUGAAGGACAGGCUGGAGAUUGAGAAGCAGGCGUGGGAGGCCAACUACGUGAAGAAGGAGGAGGCCUGGCUGCUGUCCCGGGAGCGAGAGCUCAAGGAGGAGGUGAGGAAAGAGAGGGACAGGGAGAUCGAGCUGGUCAUCCGGCGCCUGGAGGCCGACAUGACGUCCGUCAAGGAAGAGUGCGAGAGGGUGGCUGAGAACAGGAUAAGGCGGGUCCGCGACAAGUACGAAGCGGAGCUGCAGGAGCUGGAGAGGGCGGAGCGGAAGCUGCAGGAGCGCUGCAGCGAGCUGAAGGGGCGGCUGGCUGAGCUGGAGGGCCAGAACAUGCACCUGCAGGGCCUGGUGAAGCUCAAGGAACAGGAGGCGGAAGACCUCAGGCAGGUGAAGGACCAGCUGGCCCAGGAGAGGAGCAGCCUGUCGGAGGUGAUUCGCCAGGAGUUUGCCGACAGGCUGGUGGGCGUGGAGGAAGAGAACAAGCGGCUGAAGGCCGAGAUGGCGGAGAUGAGAGCCCGCCAGCGCCUGGAGCUGGACCGGGUCGCGCGGGACAAGGACGAAGAGCUGGAGGAGGUGCACAGGAGAGUGAAGGUGGCCAUCGUGAAGAAAGAGGAGGCCGUGAACGUCCUUCGGAAGCAGCACGACGCGGCUGUGAAGCGGGCAGACCACCUCGAAGCCCUGUUAGAGCAACAGCGCAAACAGCUGCUGGCUACUAAAUAACAGCCCAGCUGCCGGGUGCCAUUGCCCUGCCGCAGGAUGGCAGGAACAAGGGCUUCCGCGUCCGGUAGAUGGCCUGUGUGCGCCUGCACUCCGUCCGUGCGGGUGCACGGGGCUGGAAACGGAGUCUCCCUCCCCCUCCGACUGUGCUCUUCUCUUUACACCGUCUGUGACUGGGGCUUAAGCCCGACCCCUUGCUGCGGACUCCCAGGUCCGGCGCCUGCGUGGUAUUUUACCAGUAAACUGCGUGUUUCUAA